AUGAAGAGAAGACAAGAUCAUCAAACAUCAGAAGUAGCAAAGAAACCGUCUGGUCAUGCUGAUGAACAUUCCGAAUAUGAAGAGCAAAUGAUGAUGGUUUGGAAAACUAGAAAUAUACUUAGAGAAGAAUGCGAUAAUGAAACUUUAUGGCUAAUGAAAUGCCAAAUUGGUGAAACUCCCAGUGACGAACGAACUCAAAGAUUAAAAUUUACUCCUAGAGAAACAUCGAAUGGCUUUGUUUGCACAGGCGGAAUCGCCAACGUUCCAUGCGAAUAUGUUACAGAAAAACGCGAGAGAUGCGCUUGCAAAAUUUCUGAAGAACUAAAGGCCAAGUCUCCGUUCCUGCGUAACAUCGUAAAGCAGAAGCCCCUAGGCAAUAUUCGUGUCGCUACUAUUGGCAAACUAGGAGAGAAUAUGUCCAAUAUCAGAAAAAAAAUUGAAAAUUUAGGAGGAAUCUUUCACGAGCAGAUCUCAAAAUAUGUAGAUUUGUGUAUUGGUCGACUAGGUAAACUAAACAAGAAAUUAAAAGAAGAGAUCGAUAAUCUAGGAUUGCCAACGGUUUCGGAAGAAUGCUUGUCAGCUAUUGCAAGUGACAACUUUGAUGAGACUAUCACAAAAUAUGGCAUUAGUAAUUGCACCACAGAGAAGGUCGCCAAGAUUAAGAAUAAGCGAAAAGGCUUUUAUUCAACGAAUAUUAUUUCGCUAUCAGGCCUAGUCACUACUGACUUACACAGCGGAUUUGAAAAUGAUUAUAACGUUAUCAAAGAUUCAAAUUGUAACGUUUAUAGUGCUGUAAUUGAAACUGCUCCUGGCAAGUGGCUUAAAUUACAGGCCCUUCAGCAUAAUGAAUUACACAACUAUUGCUUAUUUACGAUUGAGAGCGCUAUUGAUUAUUCACAUGCAAUCAAAAGCAACAUUAAAUAUACGUGUUCGAAAGCUGAAGCCAUGAUGGCCUUUGAUGAGCUUUAUUACGAAAACACAGGAGUUACAUGUUUCAAAGAUACUCAGAUCAAGCGAAAAAUUCAAAAGGGUUACCCUGUUGGCACCUCAUAUAUUAGCGAUAAUGUUGAUGUAGAAAAAAUAAAACUGAAAGCUUUAACGACUGACAGAGUAGAAAAAGCAGUGCAAUUACUUCAUCAAAUAGAUUCGGUUUCAUCAAAGACAUCGAGUAAACAAUUAGAAAGAAUAAAUACCAUAAAAAAGCUUAAAGAGAAAUUUUUCAAUUUAAUUUACAAAGACUUACAUAAAAUAGAUGGAUGCCGUUAUUGCGAUGAUGAGUAUAAUCUGAGGGAAAUAUGGUCUAACAUGGAUGAUGUUAUGGAUAUUGCUGUAUGCUAUGAUUUAAUAGAAAACGCUAAAAGAGUUGGCAAAGAUCUUUUGUAUAAAUUAUAUCAAAGCAUGAAGAUAGAACUAGAACCGUUAUUGCAUAACAGUGAUGAAUUCAAUAUGAUCUUCGAGUAUGGAAGUAAAGUCUGUCAAAGGAAACACGACCAAUUUUACAAUUUAAGCAUUGAAGAGGUCGGUUAUUACUCAGGAUAUAAUGUAAUGUAA